AUGCACCCUCCAUCCAUCCAGCUCCUCCGCGCCCUGCGCUCCAGCGUCCUAGGCACCGCACCCUCCCGCCUCUGCGCCACGAUCCCCCCCUCCACCACUCCUUUCCCAUAUCCCACGUCUCCCUUCGCACCCUCGCGCCGCAGCAACAGCAACCAUGCCCGCCCAACCCGGAUGAUCCCUCGCUCGCACACCCCCAAGCCCACCAGCCGGGACCGCGGCCCGCCGUCCAAGGAAGACACGCAGACGGACUUCGCUGCGCUCAAUGUCCUGGGCAACGUCCCCGCGCCGACGACCGCCAUCGACGCCUGCCUGGACACGGGAUUCCAUCUCAACAGCGGGGUCAAGAUCACCGGCGGAGACGGGGUGCUGCUUGUUGGCGGUGAGGCGUUUGCGUGGCGGCCGUGGAAGGCGCGCGAGGGGACGAAGGAUGGGAUGUUGAAUGCGAAGGGCCAGUUUGAUGUGGAUGAGGAGGCUUGGGGGCUGCUGGGGCUUGUGUGGCCUCGUCCUGAUUUGCUGCUUAUUGGUAUGGGCUCUUCGGUGUUUCCUUUGUCGCCUGAGACGAGGAGGCAUAUCAAUUCGCUGGGGAUCCGGGUCGAUGUUCUCGAUACUCGGAAUGCGGCUGCGCAGUUCAAUCUCCUUGCGACGGAGAGGGGUGUCUCUGAGAUUGCCGCUGCUAUGAUACCUAUUGGAUGGAAGAGGAAGUAG